AUGGGCAUACCCAGUCCGGAAACCUGUAUAGGCGACGAUUUCUUAGAAAUAGAGAGACGUACCCUCAAUGAGAAACUAGUUAUUGAUACCGAUACACUAGAACCAAAAAAUGAACUUCAGCGUAAUGCGAUUGUGGAAGCUCGUCGUAAAGAAUUGGAGACUUAUCAAAGGGCACUGGACAUACAAUGGCUCAACAGUCGUAUGGAGGACGGCAGGAUGGGCCGUUGUAUCGCACUCGUUAAAAAAGAAGCGGAAAUGGAAAAAGAUUUCCAAGAAAGAACAGAUCAUGCAGCGAUCGUUAAUGCUAGGGCUGAAAAGGAAAUUGCUCUUGGCAUAGAAAUAGCUAAAGUUCAAAGAGAGGAAGCUUGUAAACUACUCAGAAGACAAUAUCUUAGGGAACGGGAUCCGAGCUUGAGAAAUCUUAUCAAGAACUUACAGGCUGGCUAUGUUUGUAAAGAUUUACAACAACAGAUUUUGCACAAUCAGUAUAAAAGAUUACAGGAAAAGGCUGAAGAGAAUCAAGCUAAUCAACUGUUAUACAACUCUCUACAUACCGACAAAGAAGCUAAGGAGUUGGAAGAAAAAGCAAAAAUGGAGAAAAAUAGGAAAUACUGUAUGGAACUACAACAACAGUUAGUUAACAGACAGAGUCAGAGGCAGUGCGAGUAUGAAGAAAUGUUGAUUGAGAAGAAGAUGUUGGAAGAUAUUAUGAGGACCCUCGCUGAUGAAGAUCAGAGAGAAUUGAAACAAAAACACGAGCAAAUGUUGAAGAUGCGUAAUGAGAUGGUGACGUUCAAACAAGCGAGAGAAGCUUGGAAAGAGAAGCAGAAGAAGAUGGUUGUGUUAGAAGAAAGAGAGAUUGAGAAGCAACGGAGAGCUGCCUCGGACAGGAGUGCGGACUUAAUAGCAAAAAGAGAACAAAAAGCAAGGGAAAAGGAGGAAUUAAAUAAGAAAAUUAGUGAUAAAAUUCUAGCGGAUGAGGCAGCGCGACUCGAAAGACAAGAUUUAAUCAAACUUCUCCAAGAACAAGAGUAUCUGGAGAAGAAUGUACAAGAUGAUAAAGAAGAGAAGGAGAAGUUGGAGAGAGUGAAGAAGGAGACGAAGACGGCGCUGAUGACACAGAUGACGGAGAGAAAGAGAGAACGGGAGAUGAUUAGAGAGAGAGAGAGAGAGUUUAGACUGAGUGUUGAAAAGAAAAUGGCAGCCGAGGACGCAAAGGCAGCAGAGAAGGAAAGGAAAGAGAAGGAAAAGAGAGAAAGAUAUCAAAAAGAAUUAAGACAACAAAUAAAAGAAAAUGAGAUAAGAAGAGAGAAGGAGAGAGAGUUAGAGGAGAGGAGAGUUAAGAAAGUGUUUGACUGUGAUAAGGCCUGGCGUGAAGAAGUAUCCAAAGAGAAGCAGAAGAUACUUGAAGGUCAUGCGGCUAAUGUAAUCGGCUAUGUGAGACCCGGAGUAUUAGACGGAACGGAACAGAAAGGCCCUGACGCGAGGAGAACCAAGUGUAAUGCACAGUGUAGGGUGUUGAGGGAAUACUGA